AUGACAUUAGCUAAACAUUGGAACUAUAACAAAGACGAAGAUAUUGUUGUUACUCAAUUGAGAGGAUUAGUCUCAUCUAAUCCAUAUGUUAACUUGAUUCCUAGUGAAAAAGUCAUUUAUAAUCCUCAUUCAGAUACUUCAAAGAAAAUCACUGUUAUUAGUGGUGGUGGAGCUGGUCAUGAACCAUUACAUGGAGGAUUUGUUGGAGAGAAUUUACUUGAUGCAGCUGUUAGUGGAGCUAUAUUUGCUAGUCCAUCAACAAAACAAAUCAUGGCUGCUAUUAAAACUAAAUCAAAUAAAGAGAAAGGUACCAUUAUAAUUAUUAAAAAUUAUACUGGUGAUAUUUUACAUUUUGGUUUAGUUGCGGAAAGAGCAAAAAGUGAAGGUUAUGAUGUUGAAAUGGUUGUUGUUAGUGAUGAUGUUGCUGUUGGUAGAGAACAAAAUAAAAUGGUUGGUAGAAGAGGAUUGGCUGGUACUGCUAUAAUUCAUAAAAUUUUAGGUGCUGCUACUAAUAAUAGAAGAGAUGAAAGUUUGAAAACAUUGAGUCAAUUGGGUCAUGCAGUAAAUAAGAAUUUGGUAACUUUGGGUGCUAGUUUAGAUCGUACUUCCGUUCCUGGAUCUUCUGAAGAUGAUGGCGACGAAGUUGAAUUCACUGGUCAUAAUGAGGCUGAAUUGGGUUUAGGUAUUCAUAAUGAACCAGGUGUUAAAAUGAGUCCAAUUCCAAAUAUUGAUGAAUUGGUUAAGAAAAUGUUUUAUCAAAUGUUAUCACCAGAAGAUAAAGACCGUCAUUAUGUUGAUUUUGAUUUGAAUAAUGAUGAUUACGUAUUGUUGAUUAACAAUAUCGGUGGUACUUCUUCAUUUGAAAUGUAUGCUAUUACGCAACACGUUUUAGAAAAUUUACCAUUAAAGAAAAGACCAAAGAGAGUAUAUGUUAGUGAUUUUGUUACUUCAUUUAAUGCACCAGGAUUCUCCAUUACUUUAUUGAAUUUGUCUAAUCUUGAAAAAGAAGAUAUUCCUUUUGGUUCUAAAGACAUUUUAGAAUUUUUGGAUACUCCAACUAAUGCUCCUGGUUGGAAACCAAAAGUGUUUGAAGAAAAAUACUGGUCUAAACAAGUUAAUGAUAGAGAAAUUGAAUCUCCAAUGAAACAUGCAACAAUUACCAAAUCCGAUCUUAAAAUCGAUGGUUCCAAAUUUGAAUCUAAUUUAGUUAAUGCCUUGAAGGUUUUAUUACUGGAGGAACCAAAAAUCACUCAUUAUGAUACUAUUGUUGGUGAUGGUGAUUGUGGAACCACAUUAGCAAAUGGUGCCAAUUCAAUUUUGAAAGCAUUGAAAGAAAAUAAAGAUUUCCAAUCCAAUUUAUCUGAUCCUGUUGCUUCACUUGCUUAUAUUACAGAAUUAGUUGAAGAUAGUAUGGGAGGUACUUCUGGUGGACUUUAUUCAAUUUUCUUGACUGCAUUAGUUAAACAAUUGAAAGAAUUGAAAGAAAUAUCUACACAAACAGUAGGAGAAGCAUUUUAUCAUGCAUUACAUGAUGGAUUGUUCAAAUAUACCAGAGCAAGAGUUGGAGGAAGAACAUUAAUUGAUACAUUACAACCAUUUGUUGAUACAUUAUAUGAAACUAAAGGUGAUUUAUCAAAAGCAAUUGAAGAAGCAACUAAAGGUUGUGAAAAAACUAAAGAUUUACAUGCAUCAUUUGGUAGAGCAAGUUAUGUUAAUGAAGAUGAAUUUAAAGUUGAAGGAGGAAUUCCUGAUCCAGGUGCUGUUGGAGUUUUGGCUUUAAUUAAAGGUUUUACCGAGAAAUUAUAA